AUCAAACCAGGGGCCAAUUGUGGAAGCAGGCAAGACUUUGCUAUUACUGAAUUUUGCCCCUUUGCACUGCCAUUGGUGUCUAUUAUUCACAAUAGUCUCGAGAGUUCAUUGAAUCAAUUUCCACCUAAGUCAGAAGUGAUGAGUGAGUAAAAACUUGAAAACGCUAUUCCCUGAUCGUCAUUUCUUCCAUGGCCGGUAAGGGAUUUGACGGAGCGGCACCGACGUCGUUGGUUAGGUCAUGGAGAACUGCAUUUUUGACACUGAGGGAUGAAUCCCUAACAAUUCCUCCUCGCAAUUCCAACGUGCAAUUGCUCGACAAUCUCAUUCUCUCACACUCAAACGCUUUGGUGUCCGCUGCGGUUGAACUUCCCUCUCACGAGGUUUUGUCCGACAUUUUGUUUAUGAUGGAAUUGGUUGCUGCAACUUCUUCAGAUGAAGAAGAUUGUACUCGUAUUUAUGCACAGACAUCACGACUGAUUCAUGAUAUAUGCCGAUGUGUCUCGUUCGAUUUAAAUUUCUCCUCUUAUAGUAGUGUCCUUAAUUGUUUCGGGAAGAUGCUGAAUCUUUUUCUUAGAAACGUUGCUGCUAUUGGCGAUAUAAGUGGAAUUUGCAGUACUACUACAAUAAUUCCUGCCAUUGAGUGCUUACAGGCUGUCAGGUUUUUUAAACGCUAUUCCCUGAUCGUCAUUUCUUCCAUGGCCGGUAAGGGAUUUGACGGAGCGGCACCGACGUCGUUGGUUAGGUCAUGGAGAACUGCAUUUUUGACACUGAGGGAUGAAUCCCUAACAAUUCCUCCUCGCAAUUCCAACGUGCAAUUGCUCGACAAUCUCAUUCUCUCACACUCAAACGCUUUGGUGUCCGCUGCGGUUGAACUUCCCUCUCACGAGGUUUUGUCCGACAUUUUGUUUAUGAUGGAAUUGGUUGCUGCAACUUCUUCAGAUGAAGAAGAUUGUACUCGUAUUUAUGCACAGACAUCACGACUGAUUCAUGAUAUAUGCCGAUGUGUCUCGUUCGAUUUAAAUUUCUCCUCUUAUAGUAGUGUCCUUAAUUGUUUCGGGAAGAUGCUGAAUCUUUUUCUUAGAAACGUUGCUGCUAUUGGCGAUAUAAGUGGAAUUUGCAGUACUACUACAAUAAUUCCUGCCAUUGAGUGCUUACAGGCUGUCAGAUUUAUUAUUAUAUCUCAUCGAAGAUGGUUGCAAUCUGAAGAUAUUAUACUGGUUAAAUUUUUACUUGAUGUUAUCGAUUGCUCUCAUGGUGUGCCAUUUUGGAUGCCUCAUUCAAUUUGUAAAGAAAAAUCUACUGGUAUUAAUAUGAGAUUUUCCACAGAAAGAAGUUCCAGUGAAUUACAGACAGUGGCUUUUGAGAUGCUCAGUGAAGCAAUCUCAAGAGCUGGGUCAUCCUUCCCUGUUGACAUUUGGAGAUCAAUUCUUGAGGUGUUCAGGAAAACAAUGGACGUCUUGGCAUUAAAGCCCCCUGUUGUGGAAGAUAGUGCUAUGUCCAGUCACAUGCAUCUUUUCUGUAGGUUUUAUGAAUCUUUUCUGUGCUGUCUACAUCUUAUCCUCAUUGAUCCAAAAUGUGCAGUUUCGGAUCAUGUGUCAGUUUUUGUUGCUGUUCUGCGAAUGUUCUUAGUUUAUGGCCUUUCAGGUAGAACACCAGGUACUUAUUUGCUUGUUGGUCACAAGGAGAAGGAGCUUAGUACUAUGAGUCCCAAGGCUAGCAGGGAACUACUAAAAAAAUCAGAUCAUGGUACAUAUAGGCCUCCACACUUGCGCAAAAGGGACUGUUUGAAUGUGAAGCACUGUAGUGUUAGGCAUUCCCAAUACAUGUCAGAUAGUGAGUCUUCUACUAUUAAUGUUACGUCUUCAGAUUCAGAGUUUAGUGAUGGAGAUGUAUCAGCUAAUGAUAGUGGCAGAGUGCAGAACUCAAGGGUUAGAGUAGCUGCCAUAACUUGCUUACAGGAUCUUUGUCAAGCUGAUUCUAAAUCUUUAUCCAUGCAAUGGUCCUUGCUUUUGCCAACCAGUGAUGCACUACAAGCAAGGAUGCAUGAUGCAACUUUAAUGACAUGCUUGCUGUUUGAUCCUUGUUUGAAGGCACGUAUGGCAUCUGCAACCACGCUAGUGAUCAUGAUGGAUGGUCUGUCUUCGAUUUUCCUACAAGUAGCUGAAUAUAAGGAGUCUAACAAAUUUGGAUCUUUUAUGGCACUUUCUAGCUCCCUUGGCAAGAUUUUACUGGAACUUCAUAGAGGUCUUCUUUACCUAAUAGAGCAUGAAGCUCAUACUAAAUUGCUGGCUUUGUUAUUCAGGAUUAUCAAGCUUUUGAUAUCAUCUACACCAUAUUCAAGAAUGCCACCAAAUUUGUUGCCACUUGUUGUUACAUCUAUUAGGACAAGGAUUGAAGAAGGAUUUUGGUUGAAAAGUGAACGAAGUGGUCUGCUGGCUGCUGCUAUUGGUUGCUUGACGUUAGCUUUGUCUACCUCGCCAUCUUCUGCUCAAAUAAGGAAUCUGCUCUGUGACGAGGUUUCUUCAGGUGACUUCUGCUAUUAUUGAUAAUGAAAGCACACCUAUAAGUUAUUACUUAAAAUUAAUGAAAGUCUAAAACUUUAACAUCUAUUUUUUCAUAAUUCAUGG